CCACUACCACCACCACCACCACCUUACUUAUCUCCUCUCUCUCUUCUCCCUCUUUGUCUCUCUUCCUCGAUAUCUCUUCCCACAGACACAGGCACGCAUCACUUAAUUAGUUACUCUGUCAUGGAUAAGAGUACUGGUUCAAUUCCAUUCUCUUUCGUUCUGCUAUUUGUUUUGAGCCGUUUAAUGUCGAUCAUAGGGAAACGAAGGCCCUGGACUAGUUUACUGCCACCAGAGCUUCUGUCUCUCGACCUCGCCACUCGGCUUCAUAUCGACCCUGCGGCAAUUAGUUUGGCGUCCACUGAUUUUGGUAAACUUACCCGAGUCAUUCCAGCUGCUGUUCUCUAUCCCUUGUCUCCGGACGAUAUUGUGGCACUGAUAAGAUUCUCCUUUAGUUCUUCGGUUCCUUUCAGCAUAGCUGCCAGGGGCAGGGGUCACUCUGUCCGUGGGCAAGCCAUGGCACACAAUGGUGUAGUUGUGGACAUGAGAUCUUUGAACAACGAUAGCAACGGCAAUCGGAUUAAUGUUGCUCGGAGCUCGUCGUUGGGUUGGUACGCCGACGUUGGCGGCGAGCAGCUUUGGAUCGAUGUGUUGCUUGCCACCCUCGAGCAUGGUCUUGCACCAAGAUCGUGGACCGAUUAUUUGUAUCUCACAGUGGGAGGGACCCUCUCUAAUGCCGGUAUAAGUGGGCAAUCCUUUCGCCAUGGCCCCCAGAUCAGCAAUGUGUUCGAGAUGGACGUCAUUACUGGAAGAGGAGAGCUAGUGAGAUGCUCCAGAAACACAAACUCAGAGCUAUUUUAUGCAGUACUGGGGGGUCUUGGCCAGUUUGGGAUCAUCACUAGAGCAAGGAUAGCCUUGGAGCUGGCCCCAACCAAGGUGAGGUGGGUACGCAUGCUGUAUCAUGAUUUCUCUGCUUUCACAAGAGACCAAGAACAUCUGAUCUCAAUCCAUGGAGGUAUUAAGGGGCUGGAUUAUGUGGAAGGUUCUCUGGUUAUGCCCCAAAGUCCUGCUAAUAAUUGGAGGUCUUCCUUCUUCUCCUCGGCCGACCAUUCCAGAAUAGCUUCCUUAGCAAACCAAUAUGGCAUCCUUUACAGCUUAGAAGUAGCAAAGUACUACGAUGAUCUCACUGCGGAUGGGGUUGAUGGGGAACUAGAAUCCUUACUCAAAGGGUUGAGCUUUAUUCCUGGAUUGAUCUUCGCAAAAGAUGUUUCCUACGUGGAUUUCUUAAACAGAGUUCGGAGCGGAGAAUUAAAGCUUCAAUCACAGGGACUGUGGGAUGUUCCUCAUCCAUGGCUUAAUCUCUUUGUGCCCAGAUCUCGAAUCUUCGACUUCGACUCCGGUGUUUUCAGGGGCAUCCUUAAAAAACAAAAUAAGACUUCUGGGCCUAUCCUUGUCUAUCCCAUGAAUCGAAGCAAGUGGGAUGAUAGGAUGUCUGCAGUGAUUCCAGACGACGUCGACGAUAUCUUCUAUUCAGUGGGACUUCUGCAAUCAAGUGGGAUGCAUGACUGGGAAUAUCUGGAGAAUCAAAACAAAGAGAUAUUAAUGUUUUGUGAGAAGGCUGGCAUCAAGGUUAAGCAAUAUCUUCCUCACUACAGAAGUAAGGCAGAGUGGGUCAAUCACUUGGGGCCUAAAUGGGAAACUUUCAAAGCCUGGAAAAACAAAUUCGACCCCAAAGCAAUACUGUCGCCUGGGCAAAGAAUUUUCACUCCCUAGAGAGUAGAGAUGAGAGAUUGUAUGUGCUCUCCCUGGAGAUCUUGGAGAGUACGACUACAAGAAGAUAUAUAUAUAUAUAUAGCUGAAGAUCCCAUAUAUAUUCAUGUCAUUAAUUAACAUUUAUGUGUAUUAAUGAAGAUGGUGGUACAGCAAAAUGAUUUUAGUUAUUAGAAAAAAUAUCAUUAUUUUCUCGCUCUGGAGGGGGAAACUGAAGA